AGGGGCAAGUAUGUGCGUCGCGCUCAGCACCCGCUCAGCUUCAGAGCGGCGGGCGGGUUUCGCAGAGCGCACUCAAUGACUGCCAGCUUCAAGCCCUUUUCCAAUUCAAGAACUUCAAAGUUCUUGCCGGCCGGGAGAAGACUUGCGACUUAAGUUUAGAUGGGAGAUUAAAGAAGCUAAUUGAUCAGGAAACUGAGUCCCAGGAGAGGAAGGCACAAGAGAAGGAGAAGAGGAUCAAGGCCCUGAAGGAGGAGCUGACCAAGCUGAAGUCUUUUGCUUUGAUGGUGGUGGAUGAACAACAAAGGCUUACGGCCCAGCUUGCCCUUCAAAGACAGAAAAUCCAAGAUCUGACCACAAGUGCCAAGGAAACACAUGGUAAACUAGUCCUUUCUGAAGCCAGAGCUCAGAAAGAAGAGCAGAAGGCAACCAGACUAGAAAAAGAACUACAAACACAGACCACAGCGUUUCACCAGAACCAAGACAAAAUUAUGGCGAAGCUCACCAAUGAGGACAGUCAAAAUCGCCAACUCCGCCAAAAGCUGGCAGCACUCAGCCGGCAAAUUGAUGAGUUAGAAGAGACCAACAGGUCUUUAAGAAAAGCCGAGGAGGAGCUGCAAGAAAUAAAGGAAAAAAUCAACAAGGGAGAAUAUGGAAACACUGGCAUCAUGGAUGAAGUGGACGAGCUCAGGAAGCGUGUGCUGGAUAUGGAGGGGAAAGAUGAGGAGCUCAUACAAAUGGAGGAGCAGUGCAAAGAUCUCAAUAAGAGGCUUGAGAAAGAGACAGUACAGAGUAAAGACUUCAAACUAGAGGUCGAAAAACUCAGUAAAAGGAUUACAGCUCUGGAAAAAUUAGAAGAUGCUCUAGACAAAAGCAAACAAGAAUGCUACUCUCUGAAAUGCAAUUUAGAAAAAGAAAAGAUGACCACAAAGCAGUUGGCUGAAGAACUGGAGAGUUUAAACGCCAGGAUCAAAGAGCUAGAAGCCAUUGAAAGUCGGCUAGAAAAGACAGAAUUCACUCUAAAGGAUGAUUUAACUAAACUGAAAACAUUAACUGUAAUGCUUGUAGAUGAGCGCAAAACAAUGAGUGAAAAAUUAAAGCAAACUGAAGAGAAGUUACAAACCACUGCCUCCCAGCUCCAGGCAGAGCAAAAUAAAGUGACGGCAGUGACUGAGAAGUUAAUUGAGGAAACUAAAAGGGCACUCAAGUCCAAAACCGAUGCUGAAGAGAAGAUGUACAAUGUAACUAAGGAGCGAGAUGACCUCAGAAAUAAACUCAGAGCAGAAGAAGAGAAAGGACUUGAUCUGUUGUCCAAAGUGAAUAUACUGAAAAACAGGCUUCAGUCACUGGAAGCAAUUGAGAAAGAUUUUGUCAAAAACAAAUUAAAUCAAGACUCCAGUAAGUCCACAACAGCAUUACACCAAGAAAACAAUAAGAUUAAAGAGCUCUCUCAAGAAGUGGAAGAGCUGAGGCUGAAGCUAAAGGACAUGAAAGCCAUUGAGGAUGACCUCAUGAAAACAGAGGAUGAGUACGAGACCUUAGAACGGAGGUAUGCUACUGAGAGAGACAAGGCUCAAUUUCUGUCUGAAGAGCUGGAGCAUGUUCAAAUGGAACUUGCCAAGUACAAGUUAGCAGAAAAGACGGAGUCCAGCCAUGAGCAAUGGCUCUUCAAGAGGCUCCAAGAAGAAGAAGCGAAGUCAGGCCAUCUGUCAAGAGAAGUGGAUGCAUUAAAAGAGAAAAUUCAUGAGUACAUGGCAACAGAGGACCUCAUAUGUCACCUCCAGGGAGACCACUCCAUUCUGCAAAAGAAACUAAACCAACAAGAAAACAGGAACAGAGACUUGGGAAGAGAGAUUGAAAACCUUACCAAAGAGUUAGAAAGGUACCGGCAUUUUAGUAAGAGCCUCCGACCUAGUCUCAAUGGAAGAAGGAUCUCUGACCCUCAAGUGUUUUCUAAAGAAGUUCAAACAGAGGUAGUAGACAAUGAGCCACCAGACUACAAGAGCCUCAUUCCUCUAGAACGAGCAGUCAUCAAUGGUCAGUUAUAUGAGGAGAGUGGGGACCAAGAUGAGGACGCUAGUGAGGAAGCUGUGCUGUCCUUCAAAUGCAAUCCAUCUACGUCCCUUCCUGUAAACAGGAAACUGUGGAUUCCUUGGAUGAAAUCCAAGGAGGGCCACCCUCAGAAUGGAAAAAUACAAACUAAGUCCAAUGGCAACUUGGUGCAACCUGGAGAUCUAGUCCUAAGUCAUACACCUGGGCAGCCACUUCACAUAAAGGUUACUCCAGAUCAUGCCCAAAAUACAGCCACUCUUGAAAUCACAAGUCCAACUACAGAGAGUCCUCACUCUUACACCAGCACAGCGGUGAUACCAAACUGUGGCACCCCAAAGCAAAGGAUUACCAUUCUCCAAAAUGCCUCCAUAACACCAGUGAAGUCCAAAACCUCUACAGAAAGCCUUGUGAACUUAGAGCAAAGCAUGCCCCCAGUUACCAUGGCAACCUUUGCCAGAGCACAGACCCCAGAGUCCUGUGGUUCUGUAACUCCAGAACGGACAAUGUCACCUAUUCAGGUUUUGGCUAUGGCUGGUUCAGCUAGUUCUCCUGAGCAGGGUCGCUCCCCAGAGCCGAUAGAAAUCAGUGCCAAGCAUGCAAUUUUCAGAGUCUCCCCGGACCGGCAGUCAUCAUGGCAGUUUCAACGUUCAAACAGUAACAGUUCAAGUGUGAUAACUACUGAGGAUAAUAAAAUCCACAUUCACUUAGGAAGUCCUUACAUGCAAGCUGUCGCCAGCCCCGUGAGACCUGCCAGUCCUUCAGCACCACUGCAGGAUAACAGAACUCAAGGCUUAACUAAUGGGGCACUAAACAAAACAGCCAAUAAAGUCACCAGCAGUAUUACUAUUACACCAACAGCCACACCUCUUCCUCGACAAUCACAAAUUACAAUCAAAGGAGUAUGCAAGCAGAGAAUUCCAACAAGGAUCCCUAAACCCAAAUCUACAGGCAUCAGUAGACUUUCCAGCAAAACAGCCCUGGGACCUGUGGAUAAGCCUAGUCACCAAAAUGGCUGUGAAAAAUUACACAUCAUAAGAACUGUUACCUCUAACACAUUCCUCCACAUAGAAGGGAAAAGGUAAGUCACACCUAUGUACUGAAGAUUCAUCUCCAGAAAUAUCCGAGAAGCUACAAUCACGGAAGGCCAGAGAAGAAUGGCCACCUCUCCAGGAAACGGUGAAGCAGCAUGCUGUCCUAUGGCUCACAGGUUGAUGGACCUGGUGAAGAGCAUGCCCAAAGAAGCAGUGCAUGUACACUUUCCAACUCUCUCUAGAGUAUACAUACACACUCUCUAGUUCACAACUGCACACCACUCAAUUCUUCAUG